UUGAAAGUUUGGUAGAAAUCGCGUCUGCCUCGUGUGAUCGACAAUCAGCCUAGCGGGUGUCGCUUUUUUCGCCGUGAAUUCGCCAAAAUUGACACUGAAAGCGAGUAAACGGGUGUCCACGCGCUUCUCAAACGUCCAGAGCAGACAUUCUACCAGUGUCCGACCGCUUUUAUCGCCAAAUCCAUAGAUAUUUGGCGCUUUUAAAUGUCGACCUUCCACAGACCGAAGGUGUACCGCUCGACGGUGGGUUGCUGCAUCUGCAAGGCGAAAAGCAGUAGCAGCCGCUUCACGGACAGCAAGAGGUACGAGGAGGACUUCAUCGAGUGCUUCCAACUGUCCGAACAACGGGGUGGUGAGAUCUGCAACGCCUGCGUCCUGCUGGUGAAACGGUGGAAAAAGCUGCCCGCCGGCUCGCAGCGCAACUGGAGUCACGUCGUGGACGCUCGCUCCGGCCCCGGCACCAACAAGUCCCUCAACAAGUUCCACAAGAGGAAGCCCAAGUUAAGGGCCAACCUCGUGCUCAAGUCGAAUGCGCCGAAAAAACUGCAGGAUGCCAUCAUUGGCAAGCGGAAGAAGCACACAUAUCGCAAGCAGGAACUCUUCCCGAUGCUCUCGAGACUGACUGCACCAAAUGCAACCCUAACCAGAAGACGGCUGCCGAUAAGGUGAUCAGAUUCCUGAUCGACAACCGCCGAAAGGACUUCGACCGUCUUGAGAAGAAGUACGACCCCAGCGGUGCCUACAGAAAACGCUUCGAGGCUACUCUGCAAAAGCAAUAAUACAAACAAUUUCCUUGUAAAACAAAAUUUCCACGGGCGCCUAACAAAAAAACCCAGCGCUUAUGACGCAAAUCAAGGAGACGCGCAUUAGUGUCAACGCACCCGACAAAGCACAUCAAGAAAAGAGCCCUAUCUACUUAUUACAUUAAUAAGGCUUUGGAAUUACCUAUUAUAUAUUUGAAGUACAAAAACGACAAGAUUGAAGAGAAUUUCAAAUGAGAUGUUAUUACUAUUCAUCAUGCACAAGGUCACAUACUACAAUUUAGCGCUUCCGCCGCGCAAUGCGUCUCAAAAAAAUACAAGAUUUUACAUUUUUGAUAAACAACUAUAUUUGCAUUUUAUCAUCGGAGAGUGUUUUUUAAUAAAUUAUUCUUAAGCAAA